ACAGCCUCCAGAGUUCAGACCACUUCUACACAGACACAAUAUUACGGAUUGAGCCAUAUCUCUCUGUAUAUCUUGGAGCUUUCUAAGAUAUGGCUAUCAUGACUGCUAUGGCCUGCAUUCUUUCUCUGAUGGCACUUUUGACUCUGGCUGACGCUAGAAUCCCGGGCGUUUACUCCGGUGGACCGUGGCAGACCGCUCAUGCUACUUUCUACGGUGGCAGUGACGCCUCUGGAACUAUGGGAGGCGCUUGUGGCUACGGAAACCUUUACAGCCAAGGCUACGGUGUGAACACAGCUGCACUGAGCACUGCCCUGUUCAACAACGGGUACAGUUGCGGAGCUUGCUUCGAGAUCAAAUGCGCUAACGACCCACAAUGGUGCCAUUCAGGUAGCCCCUCCAUUUUCGUCACCGCCACCAACUUUUGCCCUCCCAACUAUGCGCUUCCUAAUGAUAAUGGUGGGUGGUGCAACCCUCCCCGGCCCCACUUCGACCUCGCCAUGCCCAUGUUCCUUAAGAUCGCUGAGUACCGUGCCGGCAUUGUUCCCGUCUCCUACCGCCGGGUGCCGUGCCGAAAGCGAGGAGGGAUCAGGUUCACAAUCAACGGCUUUCGUUACUUCAAUUUGGUUCUGAUAACCAAUGUCGCGGGUGCAGGGGAUAUAGCAAGAGUGAGCGUAAAGGGGUCAAAGACUGGGUGGAUGACUAUGAGCCGUAACUGGGGUCAGAAUUGGCAGUCAAAUGCAGUUUUGGUUGGUCAAUCACUCUCCUUCAGGGUCACAGCAAGUGACCGUCGCAGCUCCACUUCAUGGAACAUUGUCCCUUCCAAUUGGCAGUUUGGACAGACUUUCACUGGGAAGAAUUUCAGGGUUUGAGAAAAGUUCCGAGUUUCCCGCUCGAUAUAAUGUCGUGUUUUUUUAAUUUAAUAUUUUCUGUUUAUUUUGUUUUUCUUGGAAAGUUUGAUGUGCGGGAAAAGAGUAAGAAAAUGCGGGAAAGUGUGUUGGUGGUGGUGAAACUUUUUGACUCUGGGUAGGGGGUGUUGUGAUCAAUUAGUGAUGGUCAUGGUGAAAGGGGAAAAAGGGAAAGCAAAAAGUGAAUGUUAGGCGCUGAAGUGGCUGCUAAUUUAUGAAAGCCCGCGGCCUUUCUUCU